CAGGUGGCUAAGACUCGAAGCUGACCAGAACCAAUUGGCCCAUUCCAUCUGAUCUACCACCAUGUCGUUGAACAUAUCCUUAUACACAAUCUCCGCCGUCUUGAUACUAGAUAACGAGGGCGAAAGACUCUAUGCCAAGUACUACAACCAGGGCCCAAGCCAGGAAAAUGGUGGAGAAGUACAUUUCCAAACUUUAUCACAACAGCAAAAGUUCGAGUCACUGAUAUUCGGCAAGAUAAAUAAGGUGCACCAAGACAUAGUGUUGUAUGACAACCACUUGGUCACGUACAAACAAACCAACGACAUUAUUCUCAUUAUUGUAGCCAAGAUCAAUGAAAACGAAUCGUUGAUCUAUUCUACUGUAGCCAACUUGUUUGAAAGUUUGAACAUUUUGUUGGACAAUACUAUCGACAAGUCGACUAUUGUAUCCAAAUACGACUUGGUUUCAUUGGCUAUUGAUGAAACCGUAGAUGACGGAAUCAUUGUUGAGAUUGACCCAGCCAUCAUUGUCAGUAGAGUGACCAAGGCUCCUAAGUUCGAGCCAGGUAUCCAUGUAGACGGGGACAAGGGACUCUUUGAUGCCUUCUCGUUUGCUUCGAAGAAGAUCAGCGAAAGAUUGCAACAGGGUUUCUAGUGUAUAGAAAAUAGAAAUGCAUAGUUGAAACAAAAGAGAUGUUGUACAAGUUAUGAAGAUGACACUUGAAAUC